AUCAAACUGAAACUCAGACCAUCAAGUAUUGCUAUGCUAGCAGUUUGUUGAACAUUUCAAAGAGAGUACGUCAGGGAUACACAACCUCAAACUCCAUUUCCUUUCACAGAAUAUGAAGACAAAUUACUAUGGCCAUGAUCGACUCCAGUCAGUAACAUUGUGCUGUGCACACUCGAAAAUCAUCAUGGUUUCAAUCGCUUCGAACCACCCACCAUUUCUAGGGUUCUCUUCUCUUAGUCUCAGUUACCAUUUCUAUUGUAACCUUCAUUUGAAAAAAUCAAUAUUGGAACUAUGUGAAGCGUCUCUUCUUCCCUCCGUAUUUAUCUUCUGAUUCUGUAAACAAAUUAAACACUAUCAUCUUUCUCUUCAAUUUGGAGGUGAGAUUGGGUUUUGUGUAUCUUUAUUUAAUCACUCAGUAUAUGUUUAUUUAAUUACUCAUGGCGAGUCGUUCCUGGCUUGGAAACAUUGGAAAUACCAAUGAGGUCAAUGGUAAGUGGAGACAGCUCUGUUCAAGAAAAAUAUAAAAAAAAAGAAAAAAGAGAAGCAUAUAUUGGCUGAAAAGCCUUCAAGAAAAUCUAACUAAAAAAAGGUUGUUUAUGAUGGUUUCCUACCUAAAUCUGCCUAAAAACCAGCACUAUGCACAUGCGGAAGAUUCCACAAGUCAAACAGCACACCCUCUAUUUAGUCUUGGAUCUUGGAAUAAGAUCAACUCUAUUCCUUCAUUUGAGAUCUUAUUCAUCUCCAAAUUUACUCAUUCGGUCCCUUCCUUUUUUUCUCUGGUACUCAACCAUGGCAAAGGAUCAUCCCACCUCCUCCAAUUUCCACCACCUUUGCUACUUCCUCUUCGCCUUUUCUAUACUAUCAUCCAUAUCUUUCGUAUAUUGGUCUCGGUGCCUUGCUCCCUGUAAUACUGAAUCUACCAUCGCGCUAUCAAAGCAGAGCCAAUCUUUUGAUCUCCUUGCCUACCCUUCUGCAUGGAACCACCUCUCCUUCUCUCCCAAUCCCCCACCCAGGCUCCUCAAGAUAGCUCUCUUCGUGAAGCGUUGGCCGCAUCGUAAUCUUGCUGGAGGGCUGGAACGACACGCUCUCACCCUCCAUCUCGCCCUCGCACGAAGAGGCCAUGAGAUCCACGUCUUCACAACCUCAUCCAACUCCGCCUUUCCAGACUACCCAGAUGCCAAGAUAAGAUUCCACCCGACACCGCCAUCUCCUGCCGGUUACCUCAACCAGGCUCUGGCGUGGGAGCAAUUCCGCAUCCAGAAUACCACAGAGAAGCCCUUCGACGUGAUCCACACCGAAAGCGUCGGACUCUUUCAUGGUCGUGCCCGUAAUCUCAGCCAUCUCGCUGUUUCUUGGCAUGGUAUAGCUUAUGAAACCAUACAUUCCGACAUCGUCCAGGAUCUCCUCCGGGGUCCGCAAGAACCCCGUCACCCAGUAUUAACGGAAAGAGUAGCCAAGGUGAUCGAUGAAGUCAAGUUCUUCCGUGACUAUGCCCACCAUGUAGCUACUAGCGAUCAUGUUGGAGAUGUCCUCAAGAGAAUAUAUAUGAUUCCAGAAGAACGAGUUCACAUAAUUGUCAAUGGUGUGGAUGAAGAUAUCUACAAACCAGAUGCAGCAAGCGGUCAGGAGUUCAGGAGGAAGGUCGGGGUUCCUGACCAUGCGACUCUAGUAAUAGGACUGGCAGGGAGGUUGGUGAAGGAUAAAGGGCACCCAUUGAUCUUUGAAGCACUGAAACAGGUCUUCAUGGAGAAUGAGAGCUUCCAAAGAAACAUUUAUGUCUUGGUUGCUGGAGAUGGCCCGUGGGGUAAUAGAUACAAGGAGCUUGGACCAAAUUUACUUGUUCUAGGUCCUCUGGAGCAGAAACAAUUGGCCAGGUUCUACAACUCGCUUGAUAUAUUCAUAAAUCCGACGCUAAGAGCACAGGGACUGGACCACACCUUUAUUGAAGCCAUGCUUUCAGGUGUAUCAGUGAUGGGCACACGGUUUGCCAGCAUUACAGGCUCUCUGAUCGUGGGGCCAGAGAUCGGCUACACGUUUUUGCCGACAGUUGAUUCACUAAAGAAGUGCUUGUACAGAAUUUUGGUAGAUGGCAAGGGAGUACUCGCCAAGAAGGGUGAGGUUGCGAGAAACAGAGCAAUGCAGCUAUUUACUGCAGCAAAGAUGGCAGCAGCUUAUGAAAGGCUCUUCCUUUGCAUCUCUGAAGGGGCUAAAGUAAAGGAUAACAUUGAUUACUGCAAAUACCCACUUCCAUGGGACCGACGUAGGUGAUAUUGCUGCAUUCAUUUGGAUGGGCAUUAGUGCUGCAAUAAACAAACUGUAGCUGAUAUAGUGCUGCCUCCAUUAAGGUUUUAUGCGCCAUGAGAUGGCAGUCAUCUAGUGUUUUGCAUAAUGUCUUCUAGGAGCAAAUCUAGCUAUAUAUACCCCAUUGUCGAUCAUAUUCUGUGCAUUGAAGAGUAAGAGAUGGAAGUUACAAU